GGCCAUACCAAGAGGAGAGGCUGAUUUCCCUACACGUGUCAGGGAAAGUCCCAACUCUGCGCAGCGACCCUCGCUUGCCAUUUUCGCCGGUCUCUAGGGGGCGCUGCCCCGAGACUGGGCGGGGAGGGAAAGAAGGCGGUGCGAAAACGCGUUUGAACUUGGGUCCUGCCGCUGCCCGUAGCCGGCGUCCCCAACAUGGCGGCUCCCCAAGAUGUCCACGUCCGGAUCUGUAACCAAGAGAUUGUCAAAUUUGACCUGGAGGUGAAGGCGCUUAUUCAGGAUAUCCGUGAUUGUUCAGGACCUUUAAGUGCUCUUACUGAACUGAAUACUAAAGUAAAAGAGAAAUUUCAACAGUUGCGUCACAGAAUACAGGACCUGGAGCAGUUGGCUAAAGAGCAAGACAAAGAAUCAGAGAAACAACUUCUACUCCAGGAAGUGGAGAAUCACAAAAAGCAGAUGCUCAGCAAUCAGGCCUCAUGGAGGAAAGCUAAUCUCACCUGCAAAAUUGCAAUCGACAAUCUAGAGAAAGCAGAACUUCUUCAGGGAGGAGAUCUCUUAAGGCAAAGGAAAACCACCAAAGAGAGCCUGGCCCAGACAUCCAGUACCAUCACUGAGAGCCUCAUGGGGAUCAGCAGGAUGAUGGCCCAGCAGGUCCAGCAGAGCGAGGAGGCCAUGCAGUCUCUAGUCACUUCUUCACGAACGAUCCUGGAUGCAAAUGAAGAAUUUAAGUCCAUGUCGGGCACCAUCCAGCUGGGCCGGAAGCUUAUCACAAAAUACAAUCGCCGGGAGCUGACGGACAAGCUUCUCAUCUUCCUUGCGCUAGCCCUGUUUCUUGCUACGGUCCUCUAUAUUGUGAAAAAGCGGCUCUUUCCAUUUUUGUGAGAUCCCAAAGGUGCCAGUUCUGGCCCUUUCAGCUCCUGUUUCAGGAUCUGUCCUGGUUCCUGAGCUCUAGGCUGCUAAGCUGAGCCACACACCCCUCCGUUUGCGCCAGUUGCCUGCAGGUUGGAUGGAACACAGUGCCCCACUUUUCUGCAAGUAGCUGGCUUGUAAAGGGUGAACAGAGCCAUGGGAGGAAGGCCUGGCAUUGGGAUGCCGCCCUGGGGACAUACGAACCGCCUCCUUCCCCCAUUGUGCACUAUGGGAGGCCGCUGCUGCGUGGAGCAGUUAAAGUCCAGCCUCCAGGACCGGAUGCCCCUCCUGUCUCCCGCUCCCAUCGUGCCCUUAAAUGCCAGAUCUGGUGGAGGGAAGAGAGAAGAGGUAGGAAGAAAGGUGAUGAAAACUCCUGGUCAUUCCUUGAAUAAACUUGAUUUUAUUUAAUAGAAUAAAAUGUAUUUGAUUUUGUAAGAUA